CCAGCUUGUCCGCUUGACAGCGGUCACUGUGAAGUACUGAACAUGCUGCUAUAAACCACCCGAUCCAGAUCCCGAUCCCCGAUCCAACUCCCCCCCCGAACGACGGGAUGCUAUGCACCUAACAUAACCGCCAAAAUGGGUGCCAGCGACUCCAAACUAGUCUUCAAGAAAGGCAUCUUUAGACUGUCGGAGGAACGCCAUAUUCCUGCUGACGAUCCAUACUGGGCUCAGUUCUGGGAGCUCCCCGAGUCCUCGGACGACAUCUUCAGUCUUUUUGCCCCGGCCGAUGUCCGACGAACCCGCGAUAAUGCGCUCGAGAACCUGGAGACGCUGAUAACAGCUGUAACCGGGCGCCUGUUUAUGCUUCGUCACCACCCGUCCUUUCCCGACCACGAGCUUGCCCCGGAUCGAGAGGUGCUGAACUGCGUUCGCGUUCUUACGAGGGUCCUGCCUUACAUCUACGAGAAGGAGAGCUUGCAGGACUGGGAGGAUAGCUUUUUCUGGGCUCCCCGGCGCAAACGGUCCAGAAAGUCAUCGAUUGCGAGUGAAGUGCUGUUUGAUGGCGCAGACGGUGUACCCAAGACACCGGUGGUGGAGUACGAGGAUGCGAAACCUCUGGCUGAGGAGCUGAUCGAUACCGUCACCGACCUGCUCUUUUUCUCCGAUUUGACGGUCACCAAGGUCCCAAAUGGCAAGCCCAAGGUCACUUAUAGCAUCUGGCAGACCGGCGUUGGCUGUACAGUACCUAUCGCCACGACUAAAGAGCAUGAGAGCAAUCGGUGUGAGAUACUUCGGUUGCUUUUGACGCUAGCCAGCAAGAGCAUGUACUUGUCUUUGGCGACGCUGCCUCAGACGGGGACCAAGGCUCUCACCUAUAUCUGCACUUGUCCCGACAAGCAGGUGGUUCUCUCGGUGCUCUGUUCGCUGUUGAAUACAACUCUGAAAUAUAACCCAGCUACCUGGCUAGCACCCUACAACGCCCUGGUACCCAACCAUCCCAAGCAGCUCUUGGUUACCUCCACCCUGCAAUUCCUCCUAACCACCCUCCUAUACACCAUCCCAGAAAACCCAGGACUCCCGACACCAAAAAACCACUAUCGACACUACCUAGGCCGCUUACACAGGCCUUCAGACUUUCAGUUCAUCGUGGACGGCAUGACUCGAGUGCUGAACCAACCCCUUCAGGGGUCGUACAUUCCAGGCGCUCACGCCGCUGUCCGCUUUGCCCCUGAGAUCAUAAUGUUAUUCUGGGAGGUGACCCAAUGUAACAAGCGAUUCAGGUCUUUCCUGAUCGACACAGGAAGGGCCUACGAUUUUGUCAUUUUGAUUUUGUUCUACGCCUUGGAGUACAAGAACGAUGCUUCCAAGCAAGGUGUCGUGAGGAUGUGUGCCUUCUUGCUGCAGACGCUGAGCGUAGAGAAGAACUUUGGUACGAACUUGAACAAGUCGUUUGAUGCCCAGGACACUCUGCCCCCCGCGAUUCGGAUUGCGGGGUUCAGGGGGACGUAUGCUGAUUUCCUCAUUCAGUCCAUUUAUGCUCUCAUCACAACCAGUCAGGGAAAACUGACAGCGAUCUAUCCGGCAUUGCUGGCCAUCAUCAACAACAUUGCGCCCUAUCUGGAAGGGUUAAGCGCCCCUACCUGUUCCAAGAUUAUGCACCUGUUCAACUCCAUGUCUUCGCCGUCGUUUCUCCUAGCCAAUGAAACCAACCAUUCGUUACUGCGGUCAUUGUUGGAGGCGAUCAACUCGAUCGUUGAACACCAAUACAUCCAAAACGCGCACUUGGUGUAUGCGAUACUCAGAAACAAGAAAAGGUUCGAGGCCCUCCGGUCAUUUACACUGGAAAGUGGGCAUGAAGAAAUGGAAAGACGUAACCGACGGAGGAAGGAUUCUGGGGCUUCGAAUGACCCGCUACAGGCCGACUCAACUAGAAGUUCACUCGAGAGUCUGAGAAGCCCGGUAACACUUUCCUCACGAGCACCCGCACCGGGCGAUGUUCCAGAGGAAGAUGGGACAUUUGCUAUUGGCGACGAUGAUGACGACGACAGUGAUGAUGAGGAGCGGCCUACACCGGCGGCUUCCAGCCCCAGUGAGAAUCCAUCACGGGCGUCUUCUGUCGCGUCUCCGGUCGAUGAUGAUGUACCGAGACAGCUGCGCGGCAUGUCGGAAAAAGCUAGAGGCAAAAUGCCGGCGGGAGCGCAGACCUUCUCGCGUCAGAACAGCACGACCAGCCUGGGCAGCAUGUCACAGUCAGUCUCCGGCUUCUUUGAGCCAUCAACGCAAUGGAUCGAGACGUGGCUUCCAGAGUUGCCACUGCACACCAUCUUGACGUUGAUCCAACAGAUUUCAGCUCUGAUCCCACGGCAGGCUUUCGCGUCUGAUCCGCCACUGCCUGCGACGUUGGACAAGAUCAGGGAGAUUCAGCUCGUGGGUGUGGACCAGACCCCGGCGAGGGUGCACUCGUUUGAGUGGUCGCCGCUGGCACUGGGGUGGUAUGAGAGCCUGCUGUGGGGGUUUAUUUUUGCGAGCGAGGUGCAGGUGUCGAAGGGGACGAUGGGGAUAUGGAACGCGACGCAGAUUAAGCUCUUCCGGGUGCAGGAGACGGCGCCUCAGGGACCGAGCCUGACGAGCCCGAGGGGGGCGGUGGACGCGGUGGGGAGUAAUAUUGUCUCGAGGAUUGGGCAGAUCAAUUUGAGAGGAGGAGCCGGGGGGGCGGGAGCGGGAGGUCAAGCGCCUACUGGGGGGACUCCGAGAGGCGGCUAGAACUAGACGCUCACUUCACGCUCUGACAGAGCAUGGAGAGGAUGGUUGGAUGGCGAAUGCUAUACAUGUUCUUCUGCUGAACAGAUAGGGGGAGCGCGCGUCUGGUGUGUUAUCAUGACAUGUGGCUGUGCUGCGAAAAAGGGGGAACUUUGUGGUGAUCGUCACUCGCCACUCUGUGUGGUCUGGAUGGUGUGGCUUGAAGACACACGCUCUCACAUCGCACUCGAAAAGGGGCCUAGAACCAUUUUAUUUUUGGGAACACGGGUGCACAGUUGAGCAUCAUGAUCAUCGGAGUUAUGAUGAAGUUUGCUUGCGUGUGUGUUGAGCAGAUCAUAUGCAUUGGGGGGACAUGAUAGGCAUAAGGUACAGAAGCAGAGAGAGCACUACUGCAGUAUAGUAACUCAACAAGCACAUUUUACAUACAACACAGAUGCAGAGUACCACAUACAACGGCAUCUCGGCAAUCCGGGGAGAGUGGCAACGGGCCUUGGGAGCACUUGCAUAAAGUCUUGGUCCAAUGAAUCUCGGGGGAGGGUUAUGAGAUGAGGAACAAUAGCCAAGUUUUUUUUUUUUUCACUGAAAGGAAGGGUACUAACGAGCCACAUUUUCUGCCACAGUCAGGCUGGGUUUGGUUGAUCAUCUCCGAAAUCUGCACUACGACGUUUCGUCAGCACCGCCACUGUUUCAUGUACUUUUUUGAUCAUAACGGUCCGGUGUGGCGUAUUGAAGGUGUGGUGAUCCAAUAAGAGGCGCUGGGGGAGGAUUACUAGCCACAGUUUGGACCCUUGGUGCACACGGGCCAGGACCCUGGAAUUAGCGGACAUGGGGGGGGAGCAUUUGUUCCUGACGAAACUGCGAAACUGUCCUUGUCACUUUCUUUGGCGUGCUCUCUUCCACCCCGGACUCCCGAUCAGCCCUGCCUGAACGGUUUUGUUUUGUUGUUGGCGGGAGCCAGCCACCAGCCAGCCGCCGGGUGAUGGGGAUGGGGAUGGGGAUGGAGUUGGGG